CCACCACCAGCACAACUCCAAAUCUUAGUCCAAAGUAAUACCAGCACCAUACUCAUCGUCUGACCGGCACCGAAGUUGUGACAAAAUGUCCUCGCAAUGCGAGGAACCAACACGCGUCCACAAGCUGCAGAAGCCGCAGAUGCACGGGAUAUUGGCCACUAGGAUAAAGAGGAACCUGAUCAUAGUCCUGAUCAACACCACGUUGGGGGCCGUCGCCUUCCACAGGUUCUACAUCGAGAGAAGGAAGAAGAAGUACCGGGACUUCUAUGCGAACUACGACAUCGAGCGGGAGUUCAGCAGGAUGCACGCCAGAGGUGUGUUCGACUCCACGGCCAUCGGGAAGAGAUGAUCUGCCUUAUUGUUUGUAUAAUCGUUGUGUGAAUACGGAAAAUGUAUAUUUUUAGUUUAUAGCUAGAAUACUCUUUAAUCUAUUUUGGAACUAUGUGCACUAAUUGUAUUUUAUUGGAAAGGCAUACUACUACUUGUCAUAAUCGUUAUUUCAUUGUGGAACUUGUAAUUACUAAAUGUGUAUGAAAGGUCUGGUAACUAUAGUUAAAAAUAAACUUCUAUAAAUGUA